CAUCGUGAAGACAUUUCUCUUGUGUAUAUUUAGAGUAGUUGUAGGUCUUCAAAUGCACUUUGAGUGGAAGGCUAAAUCACCUCAUUGAAGAAAAGGCUUGUCAUGUAAAUGGUGUGCUGGAUGACAACAAGACACUCAGGUGUCUUGUUUACCUACAUUUGAUGUUGACACGGCAAGCCAUCUCAUGAAUAUUUAAUUAGCUUCGCCAAGAUGGCGACGGGGCCAUCCCUGUUGCAGGUCUGCUUGCUGUGGUGGGCAAGCCAGGCCCUUCUGGCCGCCGGCUGGACACACUGGGUCGUCACGGAGGACGGGAGGAUACAACAACAGUUUGAGUCUCCGUUGAGCAUCAAGCGAACAGAUGACCUGGUGAUGUUCAUGCGUCAGGCCGAGCGGACUGAACAGAUCGCACAGAUGCAGAAGGACCUCCUGGCACAGAAAAUCCACAUAGAGGAGACAGAGGACAAGGAGACGAAUUUGGAGCAAACGUUUUAUAAAACAGAUCCAGACUGCCGUGCAGCCAAGAGACAACUGACAGAUUUUGACUUGUACAUCAGUACUGUGUUACCACUGGAGAAUAAAGGCAUUAGACUGGAAGAUUACAUUAACAUCAGCAGGGAGGAUCAGCCUGAAAAAGUGCUCACCCCCGUCUGUUCAUCCGUAGUGGACCUACCCUACAGUAUCCAUAGCCUUGAGCAUCUAGAGGGUAUACAGAACAGGAAGAACCUGAGUGGGUUACCAGAGCCAGGUCUGAGGAGUGCCCUGCCAAAAAAUGAGGACCUCGCCAAGCUGGGACACUGGAUCGCUGAUGGCAUGGAGAAGAACCAGUCGUCCUGGGUGCUGUACAACCUGGCUGCCUUCUACUGGAGGAUCAAGGGAAAUGCCAACAACAUGAUCGAGUGUACCAGGCGUGCCUUGCACUACUCACCCAGGGAGCACAGGGACGUAGCCCUGCUGAACCUGGCUAACAUCCUACACCGGGCGCACUACUCGGAGGAAGCCGCUGUCGUCACACAUGCCUCGCUGGACAUUUCCCGCGACUUCAACGUCAAGUAUUUCCACCUGGGAAAUGUCUAUGCUGUGCUGAGUGAGUACAACCGAUCCGUGGAGUGUUUCGACAAGACGAUCGAGCUACAGCGGGACUUUGACGCCGCCAUCAAACGCCGCCAUGCUGUGCUGUGCCACUUCAAACUAGAGAAGGCUCUAGAGGCUCAACACAGGUCUCUGGAGAGGACCCUGAGUGAGCUGAAGGAGUACCAGCGGCUGCAUGAGGUGUACUUGGAACAGAUCGCAGUCCGCGACAACCAGCAGUCCCAGCGUGCACUGCAGUUCGAGUCGCACCUACAGUACCAACGACAGGGAACCAGCGAGGGGCGACUGGAAGAAGACCAGCAGCAGUGCACCAUGAAGGUUGAGUAUGGGAAGCAGAUCGUCGUCUGUAACUUCAGCAUCAUCCCGCCCAAGGUCAAGGACACUCCAGUACUGAGUGAGAGAAAGCCCCCUCUGCCGGCUCAGCCCCUCCCCCCACAUGGCGUGGCAGACAGCCCCCCUGUAGGCACCCCAACCCCUGACUCUGCACCCCCUGCAGACAACAAACUAGCGUAUGACCAGUACAGGGACCCCCUGUGGCCCAGUCGGGAGGAGUGUGACGCGAAGGUUCAGCGGCUGCCGGGGUGGAACGAGUUCCCCACCACAUACCUGCCACCAGAGAACAAGGGAUUCCAGAUGCACCAGCUGUUGAAUGAAGCGGUCCAGCUGACAGAGGAAGAGGAGCACGCCCUCCCCUGGUACAAACCGGUCUGCACCACCGUCGUCGACCUGCCAUACACCCAGACCGCGUACGAUCACGUGGACGGGGUAGGCAAGCGGGAGAAACUCCCCAAAAAGGUCCUGGACAACCACAUGAAAAUGGCUUGGCGGCAGCAUGCCACCCUGGGUACAAGAUCAGAGGGUGAGAUUGAUUGGUCAGAAAGUGAACGGGAGCUGGGAAGGAGAGUGGAUCUGGCACUGCGCAAGAAAGCGGAGCCCCUCUGGACGUUGUUUAACCUGGCCGGUCUGUACUGGCGCGUGGCGGGGAACCCGUACCAGGCCAUCGAGUGUAUCCGGCGGGCGCUGCACUUUGUACCGUCACAGUACACGGACGUGCCGCUGGUCAACAUGGCCAACGUGCUGCACCAGAUCGGGAAAGUGGACGACGCCAUCACGCUGCUACACGAGGCUCUACGCUUCAACGACACCGAGCCCAUCACCCACUUCACUCUUGGCACGGCCAAGGCAGCCAAGGGUCAGAUGGAGCAGGCCAUGGAGUCGCUGGAGACAGCCCUGGACAUCGACCCCUCCUACACAGAAGCCUUUGAGACGCUGCGGAUCCUACGCUGCUACAAGAAGUUCUACAAUGUCCGCCCUCAGGAGAAGUCACCUGCCAUGAACAGGAUUGCCUGCCAGAAUUUUGUUCAACACAACCCAGCACAGUGCAAGCAGCAGUGCCGGCCGCCCAUGGUCCUGGCCCCAGGCGAGGCCCUCUGCAUCGUGCCGCAUGGCGGACCACAGCCGCGCUGCCAGAAGCCUGCCUGUCAGAAGUGUAACCAACCCAGGAAUGGUCAACCACUGGCUCCAGCUCCAGCCUGUAUGGAGAUGCCUGGACAUACCAAAUAUCUAAAGGAAGAAAACAAUGCCAGUGUCGACACCAAGCACAAUGAUGAGAAGGAUGAAGGUGACAAAGAGGAGGACAGCAGUGGGGAGGAGCAGGACAACAGUGGGGAGGAGGAGACCAAAAACGAGGAGGAUGAACUGGUGGGAACAGAUGAGGAGGCAGCAGCUAAGGAAGAGGAUCCACUUGAGGAGACUACAGAGCUUACUAGUGAGACUGGGGAGGAAGAGGAGGAGGUUAUAGAGGCUGUAGUGGAUGCUGAGUUGGUGGAGGACGGUACUCCAAUGGACCUGGAGUCAGAUGAGUCCAGCAUCCAACUGGAUCUGACACCAGAAGGACCAAAAGGAACCAUCAAAUUACUGAAAGCCAUGUUGGGUAUGGAGGAAGGGAUGCACUGUCAGGAGGGAAAGACGAUGAAUGUUCACGGAUUCCGCAUCUUGGACCAAUCAGAAACCAUUGUGGACCAGGGGGACCCCAACUCACACUGGAUCACAGUACAGGUGAAGGCCUCAGAUCUGGAUCAGGAUCUACUACAGAUGGGGGUGGUGAACUUUGAGGGGACGGUGGAUCUGGACACCCUGAAGGAGGAGCUGAACAUUGCUGAGAACAGUGCAGACAAGUUACUGGUAGGAGAGUCCUGUGAUGACAAGAGUGUGGCUGUCCUCCAGGACUCUGCACCAAGUCCCUCCUUACCUGUCAACGGGCCACAAAUCCCUGCUGCUAACCCUGCUCCAAUGGUGAAGACACAUGCGUCUCCAGGCUGGCCGACGCCCGACGACUGCCAUCGCAUCAAGAAGAUAAACGUGCAGACCUUCACCAGCACCUGGCUGUCUGUUACUGCUAAGGACGUCAACAUCCACGAUCACAUCAACUUCAAAUCCAAAUUGUCAGGCCCCCUUGUGGAACCUGUGUGUACUGCAGAUGUAGUCAGUAUGCACACCCUGGACCACCUAGACGGUGUGGCCAACCGGUCCUCUCUGAACUACGGGCCUGAACUGGGACUGAAGGAAGUUCUUCAGACGGUUGGUGGUGACAUGCAGCAGGCAGAAGAAGUCGGGACACGGAUAGCAAAAGCUUUAGCAAAGAAUCAAACAUCCUGGAUCCUGCUGAGCAUGGCGGCCCUGUACUGGCGGGUGGAAGGGAACGGUGAAAUGGCGAUAGAUUGCCUACGUCAGGCACUGCACUUCUCCCAGCACAGAAUGAAGGAUGUUGCGCUGAUCGGAAUGGCGAACAUUUUCCACCGGACGGGCCUGUGGCACGACGCACGCGUGGUGGCCCAGAUGGCGGUCGAGAUCGCCCCACAUCUCGUCGUCAACCACUUCACACUUGCCAACAUUUAUGCUGCUAUGGGCGACAUUGACCGAGCGCUGAAGUACUAUGAGCUGACGGUUAUCCUCCAGGGAGAGUUUGCCCCCGCCAUGGAGCGUCUCCGGACCCUGCAGUGUAACAUCCUCAUGAAGAGACAGAGAGAAGCAGAGAAGGACAAACAGAAAGAUGCCAGAGGAUAGUCCACACAACAUUCUCAAUCUUCACAUCUUCCUUAUUAAAGCAUCAUGAGAUAGCAUUGACCGAAAUCAAGUCUUUGUUUUAAGUUUAGAUCAUCCAAGCAGAUACUAUGGAGCAGUUUCCUGCAUGUUGAACAGUCGCCUGCCAUACAAUUGUAAAUCAUGCAGAAACAAACAUGAACAUGAAAAAAACAACUUUUUAGCUUUUUUCCAAGGCCAGUAUUUUUUUCAUCUAGUCUUAUAAAAAUCUACUGUAACAGUAUAUUUUGAUACACAGGCGAAAUUUUCUUGCCUUGGCGAGACUAUGUUGCAUCAUGACAUCCAAACUCACAGUAACAAGCUUAUCUUCUGUUCUUCAGCUGUCAAGCAAGUACACAAUAUCCAAUCAGCACAGCAAGGCGUUGAACACUCUGUCAAUCACAGUAAUGUCUUCAUCUAGUUGACCAAUCACAUUGAGUAAGGGACAAAAGGUUCUGUCAUACUCUUUCAGGAAACUACCACAGAAUAUGGUCAGUCUAGUAGCUUCUCAGGAGCAAGCAAAUGCCUCUGUGAAGUGUUGGAUUUCAUUUUUGUAAAAAAAUUCAAGGGAUACUAACUGAUGAUUUUUUUAAUAUAUAGAUUUUGCAGUAAGAAUUUGGUGCAUCUACAUUAUAUGUGUUAUCCACACAAGGGCAAACCUCAGUGUGUUACAAAGACUCCAAAAAGUGUGACGAUAAUUCAUACAGUAACUGUAUUUUCUUAUUCAUGUGGGGUUUUAUCAGGUUAUUAUGUUAAUUCUUAGAAAUGGUUGAGAGAAUAUAAGGUCAGAGGUAAAAGGUGAGAGGUAAAAGAGCAAAGGUGAGGUCACACAGCUAUGUACAUUGGGAGUGCAAUAAAAGAAUAUUCAAUGUUUGA